CUCUGGUCCAUUGUCUACCUCUCGCCUGAUCCAGCUCGGGGUCCACAUCGUCCGUGUUCCUCUGCGCGCUGCUGUCGUUCUCCGCGCCAGCCUCUCCACGCCUCGACACGCACCCGCCGGCACGCCCUGCAAGACGCGCGCCCACCGCCCGCCUACACCCUGGCGCCCGUCCUGCUGCCUUUCGCCUCGACUUGUGCACUAUCAACCGCCCUGUCACCGCCGCGGCCCAGGUAGCGCAAACGUCGCAUUGUAGGCAGCUCCGUCGCAGGAAGCCGUCAUGGCCCAGCACCAGCAGCCCUCGCCCACUACGGGCAUGUCGGCACACCACGUAGCCCAGCACCCCGCGCAUGCGCAGGUAAAUGGACACCCGCCGCAUGCGAACCAGCCCAAGACGCCCUCGCAGUACCUGGGGCAGUUGACCGAGGCCGUCUGGACACAGAUGGGCUCCCUGUCUGAGCAGAUGCAGGACUACGAUGGGGCCAUGCAAUGCUACGAGCAGGCGCUCAAGUUCAACCAAUGGUCUGUUCCCGCCAUGCAAGGCAUUGCCUGCAUCCUGCGCACCAAGGAUGCUUUCCCCCAAGCUGUAGAAUACCUGCGCACCAUCCUGAAAGUUGACCCCACAAACGGCGACGUCUGGGGCAGCCUCGGCCACUGCUACCUGAUGAUGGAUGACUUGCAGCAGGCCUACUCGGCCUACCAGCAGGCUCUGUACCACCUGUCUGACCCCAAGGAGCCCAAGCUUUGGUAUGGCAUUGGUAUCUUGUACGACCGCUACGGAUCCUUGGAGCAUGCCGAAGAAGCCUUCUCGCAAGUCAUGCGUAUGGAGCCGACGUUCGAGAAAGCCAACGAGAUCUACUUCCGUCUCGGCAUAAUAUACAAGCAGCAGCAAAAAUUCAACCAGAGUUUGGAUUGCUUCAAAUACAUUGUGACCAACCCUCCUCGCCCACUGACGGAAGAGGACAUCUGGUUUCAGAUUGGGCACGUGUACGAACAGCAGAAAGAGUUUGAAGCGGCAAAGGGCGCUUACCGCCGGGUCCUUGAGCGUGAUCCCAACCAUGCAAAGGUGCUUCAGCAGCUGGGAUGGCUCCACCACCAGCAGAGCACCAACUACGCAAGCCAGGAACAGGCCAUUGAGUAUCUCGAGAAGUCGGUCGCUUCGGACCAAACCGACGCACAAAGUUGGUACUUGCUCGGACGCUGCUACAUGUCACAGCAGAAGUACCCCAAGGCGUACGAGGCGUAUCAGCAAGCUGUAUACCGUGACGGCAGGAACCCGACCUUCUGGUGCAGCAUUGGUGUGCUGUACUACCAGAUCAACCAGUACCGCGAUGCGCUCGACGCGUACUCUCGCGCCAUUCGCCUGAACCCCAACAUUUCCGAAGUGUGGUACGACCUUGGAACACUGUAUGAGUCUUGCAACAACCAGACGGCUGAUGCCCUUGACGCCUACCAGCGCGCAGCCGACCUCGACCCAUCCAACGUACACAUCAAGGCUCGCCUUCAACUCUUGCAGAAUGGACAAACAUCUGCUGGUGCGCCAAACCAGGGCAAUGCCCCCAUACCUCAAGACGUACAUCCCCAGGCUUAUCAGCCUGCGUCUGUUCAUGGUCCCGCUGCUCCACAGUGGGGUGCUCCACAGCCUCAGCAGCCGCCUCAAGGCCCUGCUCCUCCAGCUCUGGCGGCUGGCUGGGAUCGCCCUCUUGCACAGAUCCGCGACCCAGGUCUGCCGCCCCAGCAGUUGAAUCCAUACGAGCAGCGUGAGGGCAUCCGCCCCCCAACGCAACAUGCUCCUCAGAGACCUGCGAGCCCGAGGCAGGAACCACCUAGGUCCUACGCGGAGCCUCCCCGCCCUCCCACUAGUGGCCCUGGACCUCCACCACCAGGCCCGGGACCGAUGCGCCGCGGCAUGUCUCCAUCUCCAAAGACGCAUCAUGUGGCUCCCAGUCCCUACCAUCCUCAGCAGCCGCCGCAGCUCACGCCGCAGGCAGCUCAUGCGCAACCACAGCCACCUGUGCACCAACAGCCACCCCAGCAGCCACCCCAGCCUACCCGUAUCUCGAACCCCAACUACGGACCUCAUGCUGGCAGUGUUCCGCCCCCACCACCCCCACCACCUACCGGUCUCGGGGGUCCGCCAAGUCAGGCUUCUACACAAGGUGCUGUGCCUCCGUACAGUGUUCGUCCCAGCAGCCCUGCCCCCGAAGUUCGCCCUUUGGUGGAGAACCGAACCACGUCGCCGCGUAACGGAUAUCAGGGCCCAUACCAGCACCACGCCGACCCUUCUACUGGCGGUGGCAUUGCUGGCGGAGCCCCAGCCCCAGCAUCAGCUCAAGCUGCUGCCGAGCAAGCUGCUCGCGAUCGUGACGAGCGCCCUCCUACCGCACCACCAAAAAGGCAUCGCGAGUGGGAAGACACUGAGCACAUCAGCGCAAAGCCGCCUACCAAUGACGAGAAGCGUCAGAAGAUUGAAGAGCCUCACAGCCGUCGCCCCACGCCUCCACACCGCAUGUCAUCGCCUCAGGUGCCGCGUCAGAGCCCACAGGAUGGACCUGACCCCAGACGGUUCAACGAUGGUUACCACCCAUCGGAGGCUGCUCACCACCCACCUUCGCUCCCUCCUAUGGCUACUGCUCGACCAUUGUCGCGCAUGUCUGAGACGUCCAAGGCCGAGCGACCCGAGCAUCACGAGCCAGCCGCUCGCCACAUGGACGUGGACGAGAAUUACGACGACGAGGGUGAAGAGGCCAAGCCGAGUGCGGCAAAGUCUGAGCGAAGCAGCCCACGCACAGCGCCGACGAACGGCGUGACUCACGCUCCUGCACCGGUUGAGCAGAAGCCGUAGGAGGCGUUGUGCUGUGGCACGAGUGGGGCGAUAGGGCAGCUGGGUCAGUUUCAAACGACUAUAGUAUUUCCUUGUUGAAGCAAUGUUGGUUGUGUGGAUUGUGUUGGGAUGACGUUUGUUUGGUUGUUUGAUUUGGGGAGUUUUUAAUUUCCUUUUUUUUGACGAAGGGGGUAGGGUUGGGCCAUGGAUUUGUAGUUGGAUUGAGAUCAAAGUAGAAGCUGGGGGACGUGGUAACGCUCUCCUGCACGGCGAUGAUACCCUGCGCAUUAUAUUGGACCCGCGUUUCGGCGGGGUUUGUAUGUAUUUUGUAAUCAC